AUGCAGAAGCGUCCUGCGAAGAAACAAAAGUCAGCCUCUAAAAAGAAGAGCCUGAAACCCUCAGAUCCAGAUAAUCCCGAAGCUGAACAUGUUGAGGUGUUGGAUAAUCAGCCAAAGCCCCAAGCUGAGUCGAGUCCAUCUAAAAAUGUUCAAUCUAGAACUUCAAAGUCUCCAAAUAAACCUAAACCUAAACAUACUCGCAUCUUGACCAACGCGGGGGCUUCAUUGCAGCAGCAUACCAAAAAGAACCGGGGCAGCCAUCCGCAAUCUCUUCGAAAUGUCCCUGUUUCUCCAAGCUCUUCACGUCUUCCCACGCUCUCACCACAGGCGGAAGCUGCAAUUCAGUUAGAGACCUACAGCCCUAAGGACACUUGCAAAGGGGACGCCAGAAUGGGACAGCUUCCCGCUACGGCCCAUGCUGGGGGAAAAUCAUACUUGAAGAUCUUCUUUGGGCGCAAGUCGCCGUAUCCCCGUUGGCUAGUGGAACGGAAAUCCUCAUCUGCUGCCUUCCAAGACUCAGACCCAGAGGGUCUCGAAUGGGUGCUUGAUGCUGAACCCCAUGUCCCCCCUCUGACGUCAGGGAGCUCCUGGUUAUACAGCUACGCAUAUUGGCACCUUGAAAAUGCACUCACCGACCCAAUUUUUCGGCACUAUGUGAGACGGUCCAUUCGGGAGGAUUACGAAGGAGCUUACUCCAGGCUCCAAGACCCUAUACCACCUCUUCCACCUGCAUUAUACUCGCCCUGUUUCCUGGAUCGACCAGCUGCUCUUGACAGGAUACCGUUCAGGUUUCCGGGCUACGAGCACCCAUCGUUGGCACAGCGCCUAGUAUCGCAGGCAUCCUUGCCAGUCGAGUCAUCCCCUGAUCGUAGGCAUCCGAGGUCCUCCAAAAUCCGUUCUUCGAGCAGCAGCGACCAUGGCCCUUGCCAACAGGAGACUUCUCUCCGGUCUACCCUGGAGGAAGGUGCGGAUGGUACGCCAACGCCAGUCGGAAGUCAGAUGUCAGGCCAAUUCCCAUCAAAGGAGAAGGGUGAAUCCUCUCAUGCCGCAUCAAACAAGAAGUUUACACCCCGUCCUAUCAUAUUAGAGGAGGGUGAAAUCUCUCGUGCCGCAGAACAGAGGUACCUUGUUGCCGUAGCAGCAGAGGAGGAGGCUAGAUCCCGUGUUGCCGUAUCAAACGAGAAAGGCAAACCCCGUACUGCCGUACCAGAAGGGGAAGGUAAAUCCUCUCAUGCCGCAUCAAACUGGAAGGGUAAAGCCCGUCUCGAAGUAGCAGAGGAGGGUGAAGUGAUUUCUUUCCCUCAAAAUGGUACAUAG